UAAACAGCUGGGGCAACACAAACUGUGUGCCGGGUGUGUGUGUGUUGUUCGCUGUUUUUAAAUUAUCUGUAGCUGCAUUUCAGUAACAAAUAUACAACGGACGACAUGAAAGUGCUGCAAUGUCUCCAAGGUCGUCUGAGUAACUCAUCAAAAUGUUCGUUCAUCCCCGUCCACCCGCACAUGCGACCCCGCACUCGUAGCAGCAUCACGAUAUGGAACCUGCCAGAGGAGAUCCUCCUACACCUGCUCACGAACCUCCAGAUCAAAGACCUGCUCAACAUGAGGGCUGUACACCCUCGUUUCCGUGAUCUCAUUGACACCUUUACAUCACUGUGGACCGUUGUGCGUUUCCAUGACUGUUGGCCGACACUGAAAAACAUCCAUCACUUCCAGAGGGCAGCAGAUAAUGGAAAUGUUGAGGCACUAGUGAAGUUAGCUGUAGCAUACCUGUAUAAUGAAGGAUUGCCGGGAGAGCUGGACACAAGAAACAUUAUAGAAAACGGAACGAAUGCGGCACGUCUGUUCUGCCAGAUUGAGACAAUCACACCGAACACCGUCCCGUUCACGUGGCUCUUCUUCCGGCCGCCAUGGUCGACGACGGGCGCCUGCUGCAAGGAGUGCGUCUUCACCUACAUGAAGCAGCACCUCGAACAGAAUGCGAAUCGCGACAUUGCUGUGUGCGUGGCUAAAACGGUAGAGUUACUCGACUGUCCAGAGCGUCACCAGGAGAUCGUUCAGUAUCUUCAGUUGGGGGCGUCGCUCGGCUCUGGGGAAUCGGCGUUCCUGCACUGGAAACACCAGUACAGCAGUGUGAACCUUGACAAAGCUGUGGAGCUGGAAAGUAUCCGUCGCCUGCGUGACGUGGCGAGUAUGGGCUGCAUGGAUGCCAGGCUGUGUCUGGCGAGGUUUUACACGUGCGGGAAGUAUGGCGACAUAUCACCCACUCAGGCUGCUCACUUCCUGCGCUCCGUGUUCCAGUCGUCCAGUCCAUCGGGAAUCCAUAUGAUCUUCAACUCUGUGCGAGACCCCACACCCUCGAUGAGGUAUAUUCUGGUGGACUGGCUGGUGGAGGUUGCUGGUAUGAAGGAGUUCUCUACUCUUACCCUUCACUGCGCUGUCAGUCUCGUCGACCGAUUUCUUAAAGUGCACGUAGUGCCCCGGUCUAAACUACAGCUACUUGGGGUCGCUGCCAUGGUCAUAUGCUCAAGGUUUCUAGGAAAGGAUAUUAUUACAAUCCGAGAAGCAGCAUGGUUGACAGACAACACAUACAAGUAUGAGGAUGUUGUCCGCAUGAUGGGGGAGAUCACAGCGACGUUGAGGGGACAUAUCAGGGUGCCCACUGGUUUGGACUAUGUGGGGCUGGUGAACACCCUGGCGAGUUCAGACUUGCAGACGGUCGUGUUGUCGGAGUACAUCUGUGAGCUGUGUCUCCUGCAGGCUGAGAUGGGUCAGUACAGCCCCACCGAGAUCGCUGCCAGCUCCGUCCUGCUCGCCAGACUCCUCACCAAAAACAAAUGUCCGUGGCCGGUCAAGAUGGAGGAGUACACAGGCUUCUCUCUGGAGGAUAUCAGCCGCUGCUCUUUCCACAUACAUGAAAAAUGUUUUCUGGAAGGCUGUGUGGUCGAUCACCGUGACAUCACACUGCAGGCCGUCAAACAGAGAUACGCAGAUGAGAAGUUCUACAAGGUCAGCGAGAUAGAGAUUAUGAGUUACGAGGAACUCUGCAGGAUGCUUGGUGUGACGGAACAUCUUCUCCACGGGUUUGAUGUCAAGCUGAGGUUCCGCAAUGCUGACGAGUUGAUAGUGUCGCCCUCUAGAGGCAAAAGUCGAAAUCAAAGAACAAUCAAGAGAUGUGUAGACAGAGAGAAGGCGGCGACACCGACAGUCGAGCGGUGUUCAUUCUCGGACGACAUCAUGUCGGGUUAUGACGGCGAUCAAGAAGAGGAUGAAGAUUCUUUUUUGGACAUCACAGACUCUGGUACCAGUAUGCUGAGUGAAACUUCUGACCUGGCCAUGGACUCGGACAGUGAUACCUACUCCGCCUGCCUGUCGAGUUUCUGCCAGGGUGGGUCGGCGGGGAUCCGCGUUUCGUACGGCUCGUUCACGAGUGCCUGGCCACGCGACUCAGCCAGACUGUCUGCAAGAUGUGCAUGUGAUCUCUCAUCUUCUUCAUCAUCAUCGUCGUCAUCAUCAUCAGGCAUUUCCUCAUCAUUCUCCGCAUCAAGCCAGCACUCGGAGUCUAAAUUUUCCCGCUUAUCUAGUCUCCCGCACUCCGAUGACGUCAGCAUGGCUGGCCCCUCAUCUAGUCAUCCUUCCAGCCUGGCGUAUGUACAUCCACGCAGGAAGAGUCUGCGGUCCGUCACGAAAAUGACGUCGCCCAACGCACUAAGAAGGAAGAACAGAAGAUCGUCUAGGACAGUAUCAUGAAGAUUGUAGAGGUUUAGCAAAUCUAUUGUGUGUAUUUAGACAUCGGGAGAAAGAACUUGGGUUGGGGGGUGGGGGGUAAAUCAGUUAUUACGUAUUAUAUAUCUAUUGUGUGUAUUUAGACAUCGGGAGAAAGAACUUGGGUUUGGGGGGGGGGGGGGGGGUAAAUCUGUUAUUAUGUAUUAUAUAUCUAAUAUCAUGUGUAUUUAGACAUCGGGAGAAAGAACUUGGGUGGGGGUGGUAAAUCUGUUAUUACGUAUUAUAUAUUUAAUAUUGGGUAUAUUUAGAUAUUGAACGGUGGGUGGGUGUUAAUCUGUAUUUAAGUAUUAGAUAGCUUGUGGUAAUAUUGUGGCUACAUUUAGUUAUAGUCAGUAUUGACAUGUUUUGUGUUAUAUCAUGUAUUUGACUACAUUUCAUAUUGUAAUGUGAGUUACGUUACAUAUUGUAUUGUGUAAUACAGUAGGUAACACAGCUGUCACUGUUUCAUUGUGACACGAGUAUCUAACUAUUAUUCCGAGGGUUACAAAACUUUGUUACAUAUGGUAUCAAAUUGUAAUGUCAGUUACGCUGUUAAUGCAUUACUGUCACUGUUACCGUGUGACACAUUUUAAAUGGUGUCUGCUGUUACAUAUGUUUUACACAGAGUGUUUGAGUGUAGUAAUAUUAACAGGUGAUGUAUGGAUUGAUACACCAAGGGUGUGAUUUCUGUUUCUUUUGCAUAAAAUAUGUUCGUAAAGUAAUUUGGAUUUGAUCUGAUUUGCUGAAAAAUUAUAUUUAUUUAAAUAUGGUAUAGUUUUCAGGUUCCAAAAGAUCAUUUAUUUUUAAAUGGGUAUUUCAUCUCUGAUAGUAGUGAUACCUAUCUUAUGGUAACUACCAUUACAUUUUGUAACGGGUGUAGUAGCUACAAUAUACAGUUAUGUAACCUAACAAGCAUUUAUAACGUAAUUGGGUGUCUCGUCUUGAUUACAUUUCACAUAUGGACUGUGUCUGAUAUUUAAGGAUUGUUUGUUAUUUCUUUUACGUUCAUCGGGGAAUGAACAAAAAAUUUGUAUCUGCAAACUGAAUCGGUGAAGCCGUUCUCACAUAAGUUUGCGGAUGAUUUUUUUUUUUUUAUAUCCAGAUGAACGUAAAAGAAACGACAGACAAUACUUAUAAUUAAAUUUGAAUCAUACUUGCAAAUAAUAACACUAAAACGUCAGACUUUAUUUUGAAUUAAUUUUGGUUCAUAAACAACACUCAUUAAGACUUGCCCAUAUAAAAUGACAUCAUCAGAUAUGACGUCCCUUGACAACGUAAUUAUUAUGUUCAUCAAAAAAUUAACAAACUCUCAUUGCUACAUCUGGACCAAUGGGAUGACAUUAUGUUGUAAUGACACAGUAACUGAAAUUUAAUUAUAUAGAGAAUAACUAUUUAAUGAAGUUGGACAUCUGCUGUAUCCUGUAAAGGUAAGAAUGGAAAAUUCCACGAGGCUCUGUGUAAUUUGGUUGCAUGAUAAAUUAUUAUAAGUGGGGUGUAUAGCUGCAUUACAUAAUGAGCAUAAUUUAGAUUGUAAUCAUGUUGCAUAAUUAAUAUGAAAACACAUUACAUUUACUACUCAUCUGGUGCAAUGUUACCUAGUGUACUGGUUUAGUGUGUAUUGUAGGCAGGAUCAUUUGACAGUUGAUCUACGAAUUACAUGAUACACGUGACUUGAUAUAAACUUUCAGCUGGUAGAAAGCUGAGCUAGAAAACUGGCACACCUCCCUUAAUGCGACAGUUUCAUUGGUUAAUUGAUCUCAUCGUCCAAGCCAUUGCUUACAUCAAACAUUACGUGUGAUGUAAUAUAUAUCAGGUGAGGGAAGGAGCGGUGUCAUGUUACAAGAACAUGAUGCAGUGCAUUUUAUAUAAUACUUUAUACUUAUACUCAAAUUACAAGACUAAUUGCACAAGAAAAUAUUUCUGUGACUUGUUCUUUUGUAGAUGGUAUUUCCGACACUCGUCCCCAAACAAAAUCUAUUCAUCGUGUUUGCUAAAAAUUAUUUUUCUUGAGACUAAUGUCAGAAAAAGACAUGCCAGUAACUAAUGGUGUGUAUAUUCAUGUUCACCAAAUGCUCACCACGGUAUCAUAAGUUAUUUUUCAAACAUUUUAAACGGGUAGAAUCGGCUAAACAUGAAGUUAUAUUUUUUUAAUUUAUGACUACAAAGCUACGAUGAAAUUAUUAACCAAAGUACUGAUUGAACAAAAGUGGGACAGGACAGUUAGGACCUGAAAGUACUCUCCAAGAUAAAUUAAAUGUAUUUAUUUUAAGGAAAUGUUUUUGUGAGAUUAUUUCAUUGAUAACUGCCAUGCACCCUAACUUUAAGACCAUUCUCAAACAAUUAUUACUGCAGUAUUAAGAUUCACGUUCAUAAUGGUAGCAUAUUCUGUUUUCAACUGUGCACUGGGUUAUUUUUACCAGUCAUUGUACGUAACACAUACCGAUAGUGAAUGUCAUAUCCAUUUUUGUUUUAGGCUUGGAGUGGGGUGGAGGUGUAAUCAUUUUACUGUGUUGGCACAUAUGCAAAACACAGUUGUGUUUUGGUUUGUGCUAGACAUAAAAUAUUCCCUCGUGUAAGCUAUUAAAUGUUAAAUAUUUAAUAGGUAUGUAAAAUGAGAGAGAUUGUUAGGCUUUAAAGCUCUGACCCUAGUUUUUAGGCACUAACAUUAUUUUGGCUAUUACACCUUUUUUCACCAUCAACUUAAACAUUAAUGCUUAACAUUUAAACAAUAUUUUGACAAACUAAAAAUGUUUCGUCUUGAUAUUUGUAGUAGUUCAAAAUUGAUUUUAUGCAAAGAAGAAAUUACGCACCUUAAAAACUAGGGUUAGUGACUUUAAACUGAGAUAUAUUUGUACAUAUUUUAAUUUUACUGGCUGUUUGUAGCCGGAAGUAACACAAGAACUUUACUGGAUGUAGAAUAGUGCUGUUAAAAACACUGCCUAGAUGAAAUGUGAUAUUCUAUUGUGCAUACAAGUCACAUUGCACAGUCUGUUUUCAUUAUUGUGAUGAGAUAAUGUUUAAUUUUAAUUAACAUCGUUUGUAGAUAUGUAGAAACAAAGUGCUAUAGAAUUGUCCAUUCGGAUUAUUUAUUGUGUAUAUAAAUUUUGUAUAGAAUUUAUUCCCAUCAGUUACUCUUUUCUAUGCUAAACUCUUCCAUAAGUGGUUUUCAUCAUGAAGCAGUUAACGACAGAAGUUGCUGUUUUCAGCUGUGAUUAGUUGUUACCAUUCCUUUCAUCAUAUAGACUACAGUUUUGUAACAUACAUUUGUGCUUUAAAGCAAAUUGAAUAACGAUACUUUCCACUGAUCAUGUCGAGCAUUCCAUAUUAUGCACUCAGCAAAUACUGCUUAAAAUGGCUGCUCACCGUUUGUUACUUUUUAUUUGUCUCUGUUACACGGAUGAAAAGUUAGUGAUGUUUAUUGUGUUUAAUCAUGAUCACCUUCCAGUGACCUGUCAGCAUUCUUAUGGAUGUGUAUUAAUACCUCAGCAUAAUUGUUGGUUACUAUAAUAACAUGAUUCAGUUGAUUAUCAUCCAUGCAUCUCUCAAUCUGGUUUGUCGUUGAAUUGUUAUCUUGUGUUGUCAUCAACUUUGUUGAUUUGUACAGACAUAAUUAUAUUAAUGUUAUGGACCCUCUCUAUCAGAAAAUCCUAGAUCCAUAUCUGGUAAUAAUUUUAGACCUAUGUCACGAUCCCCCAAAUGCAUGUUUCUCAUGCACACCAUUCUAUUUUUAUUUAUAUAUACGGGUCCACUGUUUUAAACAGCUUUAAACAAACUUGCAUAAUUCAGUUACAGAAUUGUGCAUCAGUAAAUGUUCUCAGUACAGGCCAUCAUUCAGCGUUUAUCAUUGUAGUAAAUAAAUCAAUGUGCUCUAGUGGUGUCGUUAAAGAAAACAAACUUUAAGUUUAUCAUUGUAGAUCAGCAUGUAUUUCUGCAAUCACACUGAUCUUCAUUGUAUAAGUAUCCCAUGCUAUUUUUGUUCCAUAUGUUCUCAGGAAUUGCUUGAUCAAUAGUGUUUAUUCAUUUAAAGCAUGAAGUAUUUUUUGAAAAAAAUGAGAUGUGUUUACUUUUUACCACAGUCUAAGCCUCUAUUUCAUUGUAGCUCCGUGAAUUCUCAGGACUGAUUUCAUCAACAGUGUUUAUUUAGCUAAAGCGUGAAACAUUUUUUGCGUGAAAAUCUGAAAGUAUGUUACUGUUUGACAGUAUUAAGUCAUCAGCAAUAUUCAUCUACACAAAUGAUCAUGUUAUGUUUUAUACAUGUUUUUCUAAAACAUUUGCAUACACAUUGGUACCGACUUAGAACUUAACAUACAAGUAUCUGUCAUUAAUUCUCAAACAGUUUUAGUUUGUGAUAUUUCUUUUCAGUUUUAACACCAAACAUUUAGUAUUUUGUGUUUUGUUUUUUGGAGGAAUUUUAUGCUGUUAGGCAAUGUUUACAUUAUGGUAUUUUAUUGUAUAUCUGUAGGUUUGUAUUUCGUCACCCCAUCCAUAAUGAUGGCAAACAUCCACACUGAUCUAGGGUAUAAAAAGAACAACCACUGUGACUUUACUUAGUUGAGACUCCUCCCCAAACCCCUUUCAAAUAUAAGCCAACUAACCUAACAAUGUGAUGAUAGGGAUUUUAAAAACUCCAGAUACAUGUAUAUUUAAUCAUGGUACAAUGUACCUCCAAAUAAUUAAAAAACCAAUUGUGGUGUCCUUUAAAAUAUCAUAAUUUAUUAUAAUUCAUGGACAUAAUAUAAAAUGUGAUAAAUGAUUUAGACCACAAACUUUCAAUAAUCAGUACUUUAUCAGUUCAACAAUGUGAUGAAUGUCAUGCAUAUAUUUCCAAAUCUGACCUUUGACCACCACACCUACCCCCGGUUUUGCUUUGAGAAUCUCUAGAACACACUUGGUGGGUGGGGUUGGAAUAAGAGUAAUUUUUUUUAUAUAUAUUUCACUACAUGCAUGCACAUUGACAACAACAUUUAACAAUACAAUUACUUUAUUAUUAAGUGCAAUUUUUACGCAACAUCUCAUUCAGUGUCUGUUGUUUUCCGUGAUCUCAAGCAGUGUGUAUCUUCUGUUGCUGAUUUGACUGUUAUGCAUUGUUUGAAUGGUCAUCCGACAUUAAACUCAUUUCUGGUUGAAUGAUGCAUGUUUAUAAACUCAUUUCUUAUUGGGUGCUGCUUGGUGAUAAAUUUACUUCUGAUUGGAUAUUGUUCAGUGAUAACUCAUUUCCGAUUGGUUGUUGCUAGGUGAUAAAAUAUGUGAUAAUCAUUAUUACCAAAGACAUUCCUGUAAGGGAUGUUGGGAACUACAAUAUGAGUGUAAUGCAAUGUUUGAUUGGUUAAUCCUGUUAAUGAAUUGAAUUAUAAGGAAUGUUUACCUCAGAUGUUUUGUUGUAUGAUAAUGUAUGCAGUCUAAAUAUUGAAUGAAGUGGUCAUUAGAAUUGACAAGUGUUGAUCAAUUUGAUAUUUAUUAAUAUUAUUUUGUAAUAAAACAAAAUUGAUAUAA